AUGGAUCUCCUUCCUCAGGGUGAUGGCUAUUUGCAGUAUUACGUUUUGAUGGUGGGAGUAACAGCUAUCACUAACUCCAUUUCCUGCUACCGCGACGAUCAAUACCUCCGCCGCGUCUAUAACCCUCCCAAUGGCUCCCCAGCCGCCUCCGCAGUCACACACCUGCAAUGCCGAACGUUCGCAACCUGGAACGUAGCCGUUGGGCUAGUAAGAGUAUUCGCCGCCUACCACAUUCAUGAACCGGCUUGGAUGCAGAUGCAGAUGUUGACUUGUGUCAUUGGCCUGUUCCAUUUUGGCAUGGAGGCCUUCGUUUACAAGACGGCGCGACCAUCUGGCCCUUGGUUCGCACCCACCAUCGUCGCUGCGAUCGGCCUAGGAUGGAGUGUAGCGCAGUAUGGACAUUAUAUUCGAUGA